AUGUCUACUCCUGUAGAUUCCAGCCAUGAUGCAGAUGAGGCCAGAUUCCGCGCUCAGAUUGUGAAGGAGUUGAGAGAGGAGAUGCACGCUUUGUUCAUCUGUACCCAAUGCAGAACCAAAGGAAACAUAUUGGUAGUCACCGAUGACACACUGCCGACGGGGGAGAUACUGCCCGGGGAUUCCUGGGCUUUAAUGAUGAUUAAGCAAAACACUCGCUAUGAGAUGCACCCUUUGAGAGAAGAGCCAAUCCUCUCGGGAAACGAGUCAGCUGCCCAAUUAAGGAGAAUACUGCAAUCGACACGCGAUGAAAACAAGGAUUUAGAAGCACAGCGCAGUGCUGCGAUUGAGAUCAUGGAACAAAUGCGGAGUGAUCACCAAAAAGAAAUACAGGAUCAGAUUCAGAAAGAGAGGCAUGCGACUACCGAGCGCUUGCGUCUUACAGAUGAGAAAAAUCGACUGCUACAUGAAAAUUCUGUUUUGCUAGACUCAAAUCUUCAAAAGAUCAUGGAAGCCUUGAAAGAAGAACGGAAGAAGAAUCUUGGGCUGGCGUCUGAUUAUAAAAAAUUGAGCGAAGAACAUCAGCAACUACGCUCAAAUCACGAAGCACUCCGAGAAACUAGCGAGAGGGUCAAGCCCCUUCUAAGCAUUGGGAUAGCCUUGAGACUGAGGUGGCUUGAGAAUAUACACUUUAUGUUCGAAGGUCACAAUGGCAGAAUGCUAGAUGGAUGCAUUGUGGAGUCGGGUAAUGUCGCAGCCCAUGAUCCCAAAUUCGAAGCGGACUCGUUACUGGCGCAGCACGCUGGUCUCUCGAUUGAAUCUAUUGACCGAGUCAACGAAAGUAUGCAACGAAUAUAUGGGAAGAGACAUGUACCAACAUCAGCAGACUUAUUGGUUCCGCACACAUACCCUUCCGCUCUGAUGUUUGUGCUGGACUGCAAGACCGCGGCUGCAAUUUAUCAAUCUCGCGAGUUCCUGGUGGACUAUCCAUAUCACCAAAAGCUUCGCUUGAUUUUGAAAGAGAUGAUGGCUAUUUGGGAGCGCGCAGAAUCACGCGAGGACUUUGAAAGCAGCACUAGGGUGGAGGAACUACGGAAAGAGGCGGUUCAGAUCUGGGAAGCUGUGAAAAUUGCAUUUAAGAGUAGCAAGCGGAGAAGCCGGCCCCCAGAUUAA